AUGGAUGACUACAGAAGAACUAUCAGAAUCAAAGAAGGCACAAUCACAGCAGGAUUCCCCUUCAAUGAAAACGUUGGCAAACUCAAGGACAACUUCAACAUUGCCUUUCGCCGGCUGCAGGCUCUCCUUCGGACACUACGAAGCGACGACAAAAAGCUUCAGCUCUACAACAGCACCAUUGAAGACUACAUCAAGGAAGGAAUCAUCGAGGAAUGUACUCUACAACCAGCAGGAGUAACAUCCUUCUACCUUCCAUAUCGACACGUAUGGACACCUGGAAAGACAACCGAACUUCGGAUUGUCUUCGAUGCUUCAUCCCACGGAAGAAACGAGCUCAGCCUCAACGACGUCGUCUUUGAGGGACAUGCUCUCACGCCUCUCAUCCAUGAAAUUUUACUGCUCUUUCGGACAUACAAACAUACAAUGGUAGCGGACAUCCAAAAGGCUUUUCUACAAAUACGCCUUCCCGAAAACCAUCGAGAUGCAACAAGAUUUCUGUGGAUAAAGGACCUGAAUAUGCCGGCCGAAGGCAAUAACGUCAAAUACUACCGCUUCUGCCGGGUUCCCUUUGGAAUUAAUGCAAGCCCAGCUAUAUUGAAUCAGUCCAUACUCAAGCACAUUGAAGAGCAGGAUACUCCGAUUACGAAGGAACUAUCUAAGUCUCUCUACGUUGACAAUGUGUUGUUAGAAGGCAACAACCCGCAAGAGCUUAUAGAGAAAUACAUUGCUUCAAAAGAGCUCUUCUCUUCUAUCGGAAUGAGCCUCCGCGACUACUUGUCAGAUUCUGCCGAAGUAAACGCACAAAUCAAGGAUUUGGAUAGAGCAAAAAGCUGCGAACUCAAAGUGCUCGGAAUUAAGUGGAAAGCUGACGAUGACACCUUAAUCAUGAAAUGUGCAGACAAAGGACAAAUCAAGGUCACUAAAAGAUCUGUACUCAGCCAAAUAAACGGAUUCUGUUUCGACCCGCUUGGACUGCUUACUCCCUUGAUAAUACCGGCGAAGAUAUUCCUGCAGGAUAUACACAAACAAAAGUUAGGAUGGGACACAAUCCUCCCUGAAGAACAAAUCCAGAGAUGGAAAGCAAUCAAGGAAGAUAUCGCCGGAUUCAAAAAAGCCAUACCACGCACAGUGCUGAACAAGACUCCCGAGGCCAAAUAUACGCUUUCUGUAUUUGUCGAUAGUUCCAAACGAGCUUACGCCUGCUGUCUUUAUACGACUACAUCAACGAAGAAUGGUACGAAGAACACAUCACUCUUCACGGCAAAAGCGAAGGUCGCGCCUAUCAAGAAGGAACAAACUAUUCCGAGACUAGAACUGCUGUCAAUAUUUCUCGGACUAUCUGUAGCCGAAACAACCAUGUCAAAAUGCGGAAUAUUCACAGAAGUUAACCUGUUCAGCGACUCAACGAUCGCACUAUCAUGGAUAGCUAGCAACAAAAAGCUUCCACCAGUCGUAACCACACUGGUUCAGAAAAUCAGCUUCGCCGCAGAAAGGAUCAGAGAAACAGCCAAACUUAACUUCUUCCACGUCCCAACGGAAGAGAAUGCCGCGGAUUGUGCCACAAGAGGAAUUAACAAGCAAGAUUUCGCUGCUUGCAGGUGGUGGAAAGGACCAACUUGGCUCAGUUACCCCAACGAGGAAUGGCCAGUACGUUCCAUCAGUGACGUCAAAGACAUUGACGAUGACGAGUGCGAAAUGCUCAUUCAAUAUACUACAGAGGAUCUUAACAAAAGCGAAUCCGACUGGCCAGUUGAUACAAUAAGCAGCUAUCCCAGAUUGAAGAGAAUUGUGGCAUACUGUCUACGUUUCAUCCGCAAGGCAAGCAAAAAUACCCGCUUCAAGAUCGCAGAUGAAGAUCAAGUGACAAGCCGUUCGCCAAAUGCAGCUGAAGUUAUCUUUGCUGAAAAGCAAAUCGUCUUGCAAGAGCAACGGAUUUACGGCACAGCUCUCGUCUCUAAAAACGAACAGUUCAAGACUGUGUUCGACAGCGAUGGAAUUCUACGAAAGUGUGGACGCAUACAACGUGCUGAAAUCCAGUCAGAGAUAGCUAAUCCCAUGUAUAUACCUAAACAAAGUAAGACUAUCGGACGACGGAAAUUAACAGACGAACUUCUUCAAACGUCGUUAUGUGAAAUCGAAAGCAUCGUCAACUCAAGACCAUUGACUCACAUAGGCGAAGAUGAUCCUUCUUGCCAAGUCUUGAGACCAGUGGACUUCAUCUAUAAGGACGUUCGGCUUGGAAGCACUCAACUUACACCCGCCGACAAUGAUGUACAGGAUCCAGAUUACCGGAUAAGUCCAGAACUCUCAUCACAAAAGGAAGCCAAAACAGCUCUUCUGGAAACCGAGAAGAUAACGAAAAAGUUCUGGAGUGUUUGGAAACACGACUACCUCCUUGAACUUCGCGACCGUCACCAUGUUUUCAAGAAUGGAAGAACCACAAAUCGCAAACCAGAAGUUGGAGACGUCGUACUGCUUGACGAAGACUCACAAUUGAACAGAGGACACUGGCCCAUGGCUGUUAUAACACAACUCGUACCAAGCAAAGAUGGAGAAAUCAGAAGCGCAAUUCUAAGAACCACAUCUGGAAGAGAGAUUCAAAGACCUCUCAAUCGCAUGGAUCCCUUAGAAAUUCGUUCAGCGAUAGAAAACGAAGAUGAGAGACAGGAUCCAACGCCACAAAAAGGAGGAAUAGUGGCCAAGGUUAGAAAAGCGCUCAGGAAGAAACCAACAACUGCACCUGAACCUCGCAAGCAACCACAGAGAGCUGCGAAAAAGCCUGUAGACUACGCAUCUUCUAAUUCCUCCACCAUAAAGAGAAGCGUUUCACAAAUCAGCAAGUCAGUGAUGAUAACAAUAUGCCUAACAGCUCUUCUUUUCAUUGAUACGGCAUCCGCAAAUGUGCUAUCCUGCUCUGAACAUGGAGUGAAAGUCAACACGACUUCGGAAUCACAAUCACAACUAUGUCUCAACUACAAGGAUUGUCUGAAAAUUUCGACGAAGAAAGGAAUAAACGAAAUAGCACUCUCGACGAAUUACCGCGCAACAGAACAUCGAGUUCAAUGGCGCACCAUGAUCGGAGCAACACAGUACUCCGACACCAUUAUUUGCCCACCAAGAGACAUUUGCGACAUGAUCAAAUGCAUAGUUUGUGCAGACUUACUUUGGAAUCCACACUGCGCCCCCAACACUGCGAUAGCAAUUACAGCAGUUUGCGCAUACCUUAUGAUGCUGCUCGUCCGGCUCAUUUGCUGCACUGGACUUCGAGGAAAACAGCUUCUGUGCCGAACUAACGAGAACAACAUGCCAACGGAAAAUCACGUUCCUUUUGCGAAUGAUCGACUUUCCGAGCUGCUAGGAAGACAAUCCCGAUCCCUACCAAUCCAAUCGAAGAUGAUCACGUUUGUGGCUAUUGCAGUAUGUCUCAUCACAGGAGUCACUUCAUGCCAAUACACUCACACACUCACGUCAAGGAACACCGUCUGCACGAGGAUCAAUAACACACUCAACUGUCGCUACACUAUAGAAAACAGAAUAACUCUGAGUGAGCACCGACCUCAAGCCUGCUUCAGGGUUCAACAUGAUAACAAGACAGUUGGCAGCAUGGAGAUAGAACUUCAACACGUCCUGCUCCAGUGCAAUCCCGUAGUCUUGUUCUACACCAGAGAUGCCGAGAUAGUGACCGAGUCAGCAAAACGAUGCCAUUUCUCUGGAUCAUGCUCAUCUAACACAUGUGCUCACACAAGCCAACGAUCCUACAUACCUGAACUUCACAACACCUACGAAUUUCCUGGAUACUCAAGGUGCACCUCGUCAUGUGGAAGCAUCGGAUGUGGUUGCCUUCUACCUCUACCUGGAUGUCUCUUCUCCCGCUCAUAUGGAAAACCGCAAAGUGAAACAAUUUACCAAGUGUUCCACUGUCCAACCUGGGAAGAAUCAGCAAUCAUCAAAUACACUUACACAAGUGUGACUGGACGAAGGGAAACGAACACUGCAACAAUUACUGCGCAGACCACUCAUACUCAAAAGGACGCUAACCUCACACUGGAAUUCGUGACAACGCCGACGAUUCCGCUGCUGAGCUCUGUGUUUUUACAAGCAGUCAACACCACCAAAGCGGAGACUGCCUUGGUCGACAAAGACGACGUAUUUGCUCUCAGAUGUCCAACGAUGGAAAGCUCGCAAAACCUCUCCCUUUGCCAUGUAGAAGACACUUGCAAGUGCUACCCGACGGAUGACCAAGCUAACUGUAUCUGCAAGAACACGAACAUAUCGGAUUUGACGACAUCGAUGGAUAGCAGACUGCCACUCUCUUCCUCAUUCUUACAUCUACAAGAAGCCCAUGGAAGAGUACUUGGAGUCAGCCACAAAUCCAUAGUCGACGUCACUAUCAGCACGACUGCGGAAUGGAAUACAGCGAAUGUUGUCAACAAUGAAGACUGCGACAUCACAGCCUCACCGAUUCAAGGAUGCUACAACUGCGUGACCGGUGCACGACUUACCUUCUCUUGUCAUUCACCGCACCCGACAAUGGUGGAGAUAACGUGCACGCAGAACAUCUAUGCUGCUUUCUGCAAUGAAAACACAGUGCAGACAGUUGCUCUACUUCAAUCGACCGUCGCUAACUAUGACGACAGAUGUUCAAUGAGAUGCGGAACGAAAAGCCAUGUAUUCAACAUCUCUGGUAUCCUAGCAUACCACCCACACGAAAACGGAGUACUCUUCACGAAUGCUAGCGAGAAAGCUUCGGCUCCUAAUAAGGUACAACGUGUGUUUAGCUUCAAAGAAUGCUUGUGGUUCUGCAUGACUUCAUUGACCCCACAAGGAGGAGGAGAGGCCCCAAAAAACAUGUCUGGAAGAAUUGUGGCUGCCACAUGGUGGUUAUUUGGAUUCAUUACCGUCUCUUCUUAUACUGCAAAUCUGUCUGCAUUCUUGACAGUAUCUCGACUUGAGCAAUCUAUCAGGACUCUAGAAGAUCUAGCGAGUCAGCACAAAAUCAGAUACGCACCAAUAAGAAGAAGUGCACUAGAGACGCAUUUUGAAAGCAUGGCCAAGGUUGAAGAGAAACUUUACAACACCUGGAGAGACAUGGCAAUGAACGAGAGUGGGUCACAACUUGGUAUUCAAUCAUCAAUCUGGGAUUACCCUGUUACAGACAAAUACACUAAGAUGUGGAGGUUUAUGCAAGAGUCUAAGUUUCCCAAAAAUAUGAGUGAAGCCAUUAACCUCAUCUUUACCUCAGUGGAAGGAUUCAGUUCGGACGCAGCUGAGGCACGGUAUGAAAUACUCAGAAACUGUCAAUUGCAACAAGUUGGUGAAUUUGGUCGCCAACCCUAUGCUAUCGCUACACAGAAAGGACACGCUCUCAAAGACCAACUUAAUACCGCGAUUAUGAAGCUAACAAGUAGUGGACUUCUCGAUGUUCUUGAAGAAAAAUGGUGGUACGACAAAUUAGAAAAGUCUACUGAAAAGGUGGUUUGUACGGAAAGUAGCGGCAAAGACGGGAUGACCGUUCGAGAUAUCGGAGGUGUAUUCAUCAUCAUUCUAGCAGCUAUUAUUUUAUCGGCAAUCAUUCUCACGAUUGAAUACACCUAUUACAGGAGAAACAACGCAACGACAGUUGGACAUCAGGAUAUCAAAGAGAACUAA